ACUUUAAUCCAGUAAUAAAAUAUUUUGUCAUUACUUUGUAUGAAUCUGCACAAAACUUUAAUUUGCGUAAUUUGUCAAUCCAUGUUUGCUGUCUUGCAUUAUCUAACUGCAAAGGAUGGAUAAACUUCGUAAUGUGUUAAAUGGGAAUGAAGAUGGGGGUGAAGCUGGACUUGUUACAUCGGUUACAGGGGGUGACAGCUUAUGCCCAUCACUAUCUUGGCAAACAAGAUUAACAGGAUUUUUUGCUUGUUGUGGUAUUGGGAUUCUUUUAUCCAUAGUGGGCACUAUUUUGAUAUUUUUUGGAAACACGAAAGGAUUUGCAAUCUUGUACUCGAUCGGUACCUGCACAGCAAUUGCAAGCACUCUAUUUUUGCGUGGUCCAAUGGCACAGCUUAAAAGCAUGUUCAAAGAAACAAGAAUAAUUGCUACAAUAGUUAUGAUAGUGAUGAUUAUUCUGACGCUCUGUGCUGGAUUAUGGUGGAAGAUCGGAAUCCUGUGCCUUCUGUUUUGUAUUCUGCAAUUUCUUGCUUUCGCAUGGUAUUCAAUUUCAUACAUUCCAUUUGCAAGAGAUGGUGUUAAGAAGUGCUGUACCUCCUGCCUCUCAUGACAUGUUCUAGAUAUCUAGAACUGACACAUACCUGUGCCUUCAUUCAUUACCAUACAAUAUAACACCCUGAUUGAUAUUGGAGCUGAAUGGUGCUCAACAAAGGCACCACGAUCUUCUUCAUAAUCUUAAUUCUGUUAUUUUUAUUUACCAAUAUUACAAUCAAAAGUAUUUUAGAUAUGUAUAAAUUAGUGUAUUAGAUUUGUUAUAGAACAGUUAUGCGUCACUGUGAUGCUUGAUUGUUUGUUAAUGAUGCAUUCAUGCCCUGCCAAUAUUUACUAUGAUAUAACCAUAGGUUUAUGACACUUGUUAUUUAGCUAAUGUUUGUGUAGGCACUUCUGUUGAGAAUUUGAAAAGUGAGAAUAUGGUAUACUGUAAACAAAUAUGGUGCAAGCAAGUUCAGAAUUUGAUCAUCCAUUGUUUAAAGUGUCUUCAAUUUGUGAAAGGGCUUUGAAAGUUAAAAAAUUGCGACUGACCAUCACAGCUGUUAUGGGUCUUUGAUUGAUGAUUCUGUGUGUUAAAUAUUAAAUUAAUUAGCAUUGCACAAACAUAUUUGUCAAGAUCCUAUUGAAUAUCCUGUUAUUUGUGGUACUAAUCAAGGGCUUUGUGACUGCGAUUCUACGUCUAUUCGGAACAUGGCAGUACUGCAAUUUGAUGUGCUUGUCUUCCAUGAUUAUCAACCCACAAUAUCUGCUUUUCGUAUGUUCUGGUGUUAUGCAUCAUUUGGAAACCUAGCAUAAGUAUGACUUACCAACUUUUGAUUUGUAAAAGCUACCAUGAGCUUAUUCUUAUAGUAAAUAGAAAUUUAGACUUAUAUUG